AUACUGUAAUACAAAAUACAAUAUAUGUAUGUGGUGGUUACAAUAACAAUUAUUUCAAAUCAUGUGAAUAUUAUUUACCAAAUACUGAUGAGUGGUCUUUCGGUCAACCGAUGAGUCAGGAAAGGCAUGGUCUGGCACUGGUAGCACACAAUGGCUUUAUAUAUGCUAUCGGAGGCUAUAAUGGAAAUUCAUUAAAUACAAUGGAAAGAUAUGAUACAAAAACACAACAAUGGCAACCAAUGGCUAAUAUGCAAAAUACUAGACAUUUUUUUGGUUCAGCAUCAUUUAUGGAUAAAAUAUAUGUUUGCGGCGGUUAUGGUAAUAGUGAUGGGAAAUCAUGCGAAACAUAUGAUACGAAAACAAAUCAAUGGACACAAAUUGAAUCAAUGCUUUUAAAAAGAUAUGGAUAUAAAUUGAUUGCUUUUAAUGAUAAAUUAUAUGCAUUGGGUGGCGAAACAAAGGAUGGUUACACAGAUAAAGUUGAAAUAUAUGAUUAUAAGUCUAAACAAUGGUAUUAUACGACAUCAUUGCCCAUAAAAGUUGGAUAUUUUGGAGCUACUGUUAUAACAAAAGUAUAAGACUAA